AUGACAUCCACGAAGAAUGAAUGGAAGCCAGUAUUUGACAACGCUGUGAAAGAAUACAGAGGAGGGAAUUACACAAAAUCUCUAGAUCUCCUUGAUCAAGCGUUGAGAUUGAACAAGCAUUUGACGAUAUACGACACGAAAUGUGCAACAUUGAUAAAACUAAACAAGCACAAAGAAGCUUUGGAUGUGGCUAGAAAAAUGAUUAAAUUAGAUCAAGAUUCACCAAAAGGGUACAGACGGUGUGCAUUCAUAUUGAAAACCUUAAAGAAGAGUAAACAAGCUUUAGCGAUGAUUAAUCUCGCUUUAAACGCGCUUGAGAAGCAACCCAACAAAGUAAAAGAGGCCGCUUUAGUAGCAGAUUUAAAGUCUAUGAAGGGUGAACUACAGGCUUUAGAGCAACAACGACUUAGCUCAUUCAGGGAUCCAAUGACUAUAUUGCCCGUAGAGAUGAUUCUUGAGAUUAUCGAGCUUGCAAGAGACACCACCAACGAUUAUGCUCUAAGUGCGCGCCUAUCGCAUGUUAAUAGAACUUGGAGAGAAACACUACUUAAUAUACCACAACUAUGGCGCAAAUGUUCCGUUACUUUCAAUGGAUCAGGUAAAGCUUUUAAAAAGCUUGACACCUAUUACAAGCGGGCAAAUAAUACGCCACUACAACAAGUAAGGAUUUACAACUACGACAACAAAGAAUAUAGAAGAUUCUACGAAAAUCCUAAACCAUCAUUGGAUGUAAAUGCGAAAGUAAAACUAUCCUCAAUCGAGCUCGUAAAUGACUUGGAUUCUCACAAAAACAAAAGCGUCUCAGAGCACUUCCUCACUGACUACAUUACAAAUGACAUGUUCGAUAAGCUUGAGAAUUUAUCGGUUGCCAAAAAGGUUAGAGACCCAAGUUCACUAGUCAUGACAAAUGUUGAUGAAGAUCUCAUUCUAAAUCGUGUAACGAGAAGUGUAGAUUUACAUUAUGUAAAUUUGGUAUCACUUGAAAACGAGCCACCAAAAGUAUAUGUUGCUAACAAAACAAUGCAGCAUUUCAAACAAGUACGGAGCUUCCAGUACAGUCUCCAUAAAAUUGCACGACUUUUUCCAAGUCUAAGAUCUCUGGAACUAAGUGGGAAUAUGGAAUUGUUAGAUCGGGAAAUGGGAGAUAUGCAACAGAUGGGAGUGAUAGACUUUCCAAAACUGGAAUCACUAGUUUAUAUGGAGAUUGUGAAUGGUGAAUCAAGUCAACAGCCUUUGAUGUCUUACAACAUGCCACAUCUGAGACGAUGUAUAUUACAAGGGGUGCACUUAAACGUAUUAUCCAAUUGGAUCACUAGUUCACCAUUAUUAGAAACUUUGUCCAUUCGAGAUAACAGUAUGCCUGAUUUAACUAUCUCCCCUAUACUAGGGACAGAAAAGGCAGCUCAGAUUAACAGGCUAGUCGAUAGUUUUAAGAAUUACAAUGAACUAAAAACUUUGGAUUUGGCUACGACCGGUUAUAACUUGUUCAUAAUCAAAGCUAUUAUCGAACAAAAGCUCUGCCCAAAACUAAGAGCCAUCAACUUAUCUCAGACAUCAGGUACCUUUGGAAGAAUACUGAUUGAUUUAGUCAAACAGCGUCACGCAAGUGCAGAGUUUGCACCUAUUGAUGAGAUAAUAGUAAACAGCUGUCCCGAACUCGAAUAUGAAGCAAUUUUAUGGUUGAGGAAGUACGUCAAGCAGAUCCAAUGUAUUUAUGAAACCAAAGAAGAAUCAAAGAAGCAUCCUAGACAGAGAUAUCGCUAUGAGAAGCUCUGAUGGUAGUUUCAAAUUUGAUACUUCUUUAUCUAAUGACUGAAUAUACCAAAUCGUAAUAAAUUACCAUCUGUUUGAAAUAAUAGCAUUAUUGUACUAUACAUUUAAGUAGAAUACCUAAUUAGAACAUUUGACAAGACAAUAUUGUUGACCUUGCGUCAUUGACGUCUUAUCUUGAAUCCAUGCACCUUAAUGAGAGGACUACACAAAU